GGAUAAUAUUAGAGGGCGGGCAAGUCUUUGGUUCUUUGUGGAUUCGGUCGGGAAGUAAGGCCAUCCAACGGAGCUUACUAAAGCCUUAGACUGUUGGCAUCAGGGCUGUCGCGCGCUAUCACGAUAAGAUUAGAUUUCAUCCUGUCUUGCAUGUCAACGAUGUGAUUUCUGCCAUAAACCACCACUUCAUCAUGCGAAAUUGUGGAAAUUGUACGAUUUCUGCUUUACGAAGGUCCUUCUCUUCUUUCUGUUCUUCACCCGUCAUUUUGUCACUGUAGUCUCCUAUGGGAUCCUACCCCUCCAAAUCCCUCAAGGAUGUGUCUGGCAAGUCGUACCAGUACGUUGUCAUAGGAGGAGGCGCAGCAGGCUGUGUCGUCGCCGCACGUCUCAGCGAAGACCCGAACAUAACCGUGCUCGUGCUCGAGCGCGGCCCCGUCGUCGACAGCUGGCUCUCAAAGAUUCCCCUUUUCUCAUCCAACAUCACCGACAAGAACGCGCCCGUGUACAGGAUCCCGUCCGCGCCAGCCAAGGCUCUGGGAGACCAGACGAUGACGCUGGUGGGGGGCAAGGCACUCGGGGGCUCGACCAAGGUCAAUGCGCUGCUCUACACGCGCUCGACGCCAGGAGAGUACAAUGCGUGGGAGCGUGCAGGACGGAAAGGAUGGGGCUGGGACGCAGUCGAGCCGUUCUUCAAGAAGAGCGAGCACUACUCCGCUGCGGCGGGUCUCUCCUUCCGCGGAUCGAAAGGGCCGUGGCAAACGAGAGGCAGUCCCGAGAUCACGUUUGAGUCGACAACAAGAGCCCUAGAUGCUGUUCCCAGCCUGGGAAUCCAGACCGUGAAAAUGGAUAACGACCCGUCGUCGCCCGCGGUUGUUUGCACGCUGCUGGAUACGACGAUCGACCCCCACGGCCGGAGAAGCGAUACGAUGCAGGCGUUCCUUCCCAGCAAGGUCGUUCGCACGCGCAAGAACCUGCACGUUUGCACGGGUGCUGUCGUGACGUCCUUGGAUAUCAGCGAUGGGAAAGUGACCGGCGUCUUUUUUUGCUCAGAAUCUGGAACUGAACAGUUCCGUGUUUCCGUCGAGAAGGAGGCCGUUCUCUGCGCCGGUGCUAUCGCGAGUCCUCAUAUCUUGUUAUUGAGUGGCGUGGGGCCUCGAGAUGACUUGGCGCCACUCAAUAUCCCGCUGGUCAAACAUCUUCCCGGAGUCGGAGCUCAUUUGCAAGAUCAUGUUAGCGUCCCGAUCAUUUACCAAGUUCCCAUCACGGACAGCAUCGAUCUUCUCAUCGAGCGCCCGCUGGCUGCGAUCCCCCAGCUGUUCAAGUAUGUGUUCACCGGCCGGGGCAUUCUCGGAAACCAGGUCCAGCAAGCAAACAUCAUGUUCCGAACCAGUCUGGCCGACGUGCAGAAUGCCUCUCCCCAGGACCUAGACGCGCAGAAUCCUGACAACGUGCCUGAUGCCGAAAUCAUGCUCUUGCCGGUCAAUCCAUCUGGCGCGCGGCCGUCCGGGUUUCCCAAAUCCGCGGGGACAUUCUCAAUCAUGACCACUGCAGUGCGGCCUAAAUCGACCGGUUCUGUCAAGCUUGCUUUGGCGGACCCCAGAGCCCAGCCUAUCUGCGAUCUUGGAAUGUUGAUGGAUGCUUCCGACAGAGUUCCGCUUCGUAAGGCGCUCAAGUCAGCGCUUGAGCUGGGUCGUGCCGUGCAGAAAAGCGGGUACUCUAUUUCAGAAUACGACGCUCCAGCCAGCGAAAGCGAUGCUGAUCUUGACGCAUUUAUCACAGCGAAAUCGAUCACAACUUACCACUACUCGUCGUCCUGCCGCAUGGCCGAGGAAAACGAAGGUGGGGUCGUCGAUGAUGAGCUGCGGGUCCAUGGUCUGGCAGGCCUGAGAAUCGCCGACGCGAGCGUCUUUCCAUGGGUUCCCGCUUGUCAUUUGCAGGCCCCGGUUGUGAUGAUUGCCGAGCGUUGUGCUGAGUUUGUGAAGAAUAGUCGUGCACUGUGAUACCCUGUCCGAAUCUGACUCGAUCAUGUAUUGGCUCCAAUAUGCAGAUCUGUUGUUCAUGA